AGACACAGGUCGAGGUUUAACUUUCAAGAUUUUGCCUUGCCUAGUGCAUCAAACGGAGUGUUCGGUUCGCUUAAUCUUGGUGAUGUCUUAGUUCAGUUGUGUUUUGAUAAUUUUAUAGUUGGUGAAGGGAUGUUGAAACCUGUGGUCCAGUGAUGGUGUAGUUUGGUUGUGAUUAGCCUGAAAUAGGAAUACUUUCAGACUUGAACAAGCAUUGUUAGAUCUUGUGCAGCGAUGAAUUGAUAAACCAUGAGUGAGAUAGCUAGUUUCCUGCACUUGGGAGACAUUGUCUCUCUCUUCGCAGAGGGUAACGUCUGUGGCUUCCUCAGCACUCUAGGCCUUGUUGAUGACCGGACUGUGGUAUGUCCUGAGGCGGGAGACCUGAACAAUCCUCCAAAGAAAUUUAGAGAUUGCCUGUUUAAAAUAUGUCCCAUGAACAGAUAUUCUGCCCAGAAACAGUUCUGGAAAGCUGCCAAACAGAAUGCAAGCUCUACAACUGAUGCAGUUCUCCUUAAAAGGUUACAUCAUGCUGCAGAAAUAGAGAAGAAACAGAAUGAAUCGGAAAACAAGAAACUUCUUGGCAUGGUUGUCCAAUAUGGGAGUGUUGUCCAGCUUCUUCAUCUCAAGUCCAACAAGUACUUGACAGUGAACAAACGGUUGCCGGCUCUACUAGAAAAGAAUGCAAUGCGAGUGUAUCUGGAUGCCAAUGGCAACGAAGGGUCAUGGUUCUACAUCCUACCAUAUUACAAGCUGCGGUCUACUGGUGACAACGUGGUAGUGGGGGACAAGGUCAUCAUGAAUCCUGUGAAUGCUGGGCAACAGGUGCUGCACGUGGCAGCUAACCAUGAGCUGCUAGACAACAUCGGGUGCAAGGAGGUGAAUGUGGUGAACACCAGCACACCAUGGAAAGUGACACUGUUCCUGGAGCACAAAGAGAAUUCAGAGGAGAUUCUGAAAGGUGGGGAUGUGGUGAGACUAUUUCAUGCAGAACAAGAAAAGUUUCUAACCAUGGAUGAACACAGGAAGAAGCAACAUGUGUUCUUGCGCACAACAGGCCGCACCUCCGCCACUUCUGCCACUAGCAGCAAAGCCCUCUGGGAAGUGGAAGUAGUGCAGCACGAUCCCUGUAGAGGUGGAGCAGGACACUGGAACUGCCUGUUCCGCUUCAAGCAUCUGGCUACAGGACACUACUUGGCAGCAGAGGUCGAUGAUGACAACACUAUUGACCAGAUGCGCUCAAAGCUUAGAGAUGUGCAAGGGGGGCCAGUAUACCACCUGGUGUCUGUUCCUCACUCCAAUGAGAUCUCGUCCUUGUUCGAGUUGGAUCCAACCACUCUGACUAGAGGAGACUCCCUGGUGCCACAGUCGUCCUACGUCCGUCUACACCACCUCUGCACUAACACUUGGGUUCACAGCACAUCCAUACCGAUUGACAAAGAUGAGGAGAAGCCUGUCAUGUCUAAGGUGGGCUGUGCUCCCAUCAAGGAGGACAAAGAAGCUUUUGCUCUGAUCUCCGUUUCACCAACAGAAGUGAGAGAUUUAGAUUUUGCUAAUGAUGCCUGCAAAGUUCUCGCAGCAAACUCUUCCAAGUUGGAGAAGGGAACUAUAUCACACAACGAAAGGAGGGCGGUAACCAGUCUCCUCCAAGACAUAGUUUACUUCAUCGCCGGGCUGGAGAAUGAGCAGAACAAGUCAGAAGCUCUGGAGCUGAGUGUAACCAACCCUAACAGAGAUCGGCAAAAGCUGUUGAGAGAACAAUACAUACUGAAACAACUGUUCAAAAUUCUGCAAGCUCCGUUCCUGGAGUCAACAGAGGGGGAAGGGCCGUUCCUGAGGAUAGAGGAGCUCAGUGACCCGAGACAUGCUCCCUACAAGUAUAUGUUCAGGCUGUGUUACAGGAUACUCCGGCUCAGUCAGCAGGAUUACCGCAAAAACCAGGAAUACAUUGCCAAACAUUUUGGAUUCAUGCAGAAACAGAUUGGAUAUGAUAUUCUGGCAGAGGACACCAUCACUGCUUUACUCCACAACAAUCGCAAGCUCCUGGAGAAGCACAUAACUGCUGCCGAGAUCGAGACGUUUGUGGGGCUAGUACGUAAAAACAUGCUAAGUUGGGAGUCCCGUUUUCUGGACUACCUAUCUGACCUCUGUAUCUCCAACAAGAAAGCUAUAGCCAUCACACAAGAGUUGAUCUGCAAGAGUGUCCUUAGCACCAAGAACUCAGAUAUUCUGAUCGAGACAAGGAUGAUGAAGACCCACCUAGAAUUGGAGCAUGACGGUGAAGGUUCGGACAGUGAAGCUCCUGAGGAAGAAGAGGAAGUUCUUUUACUUUGGGCAAACCGACAGAAAUCCCGAGCAUUAGUGCAACUGUCCCGAGAUGCCCACCUCGGCAGUGUUAGUGAUCAGGCAUUGCUGGACUACUACAGGCACCAGCUGGACCUGUUCUCCAACAUGUGUCUGAACAGGCAGUACUUGGCACUCAACAAUCUGUCGCCCCACCUCGACAUCGAUCUCAUCCUCAAGUGUAUGGCUGACGAGAAUGUGUCAUACGAGCUGAGAGCCUCUUUCUGUCGCCUGAUGUUACAUCUACAUGUGGACAGAGACCCCCAGGAGCCUGUCACUCCAGUCAAGUAUGCUCGAUUGUGGUCUGAGAUACCAUCGAAAAUGUCAAUAAAUGAUUUCAGCUAUGACAACAACAGAACACCGGACCCCAACAAGGAAGCUGUGAGAGCCAAGUUCAGCUCAACCAUCCUGUUUGUAGAAGACUAUUUGUGCAACGUCGUAGCUAAGAUGUGGACUUUUGCCGACCAGUACCAGAACAAACUCACAUUUGAGGUUGUGAAGCUGGCAAGAGAUCUGAUAUACUUCGGUUUCUACAGCUUCAGCGACCUUUUGAGACUGACAAAAACUCUACUAAGUAUCUUGGACUGCGUGUCAGAGAAUGACUUUGUGAAAGGGAAAAUACCCACCGGGGAGAUUCAUUCGGAGGGAGGAGUGCUACGUAGUAUCGGAGACAUGGGAGCUGUUGUAACUGGUCUCACUCUGCGCACUACGUGCAUUGAUCGUUCCGCAAUUCCCACCAGUGUACAGAAGAAUUCAAGUCAGCUGAAGAAAGAAUUUCCUCUUGUAAUGGACACAAAGCUCAAGAUUAUAGAGAUUUUGCAGUUUAUUUUGGAUGUUCGGUUAGACUACCGCAUUAGCUGCUUGCUGUCUAUCUUCAAACGUGAGUUCGACGGUUCAGACAAAUCUACUGGAGAUGUCAAUAUGGGACAGAAGGCAAUAGAUCUUGAGCUGAUAGGCACUCAAGCUGAGGGUAUCUUUGGAAACAGUGACGAGUGUGCUGCCCUGGAUCUAGACGGUCAUGGGGGUCGAACGUUUCUGAGGGUAUUGCUGCAUCUCACCAUGCAUGACUAUCCUCCAUUGGUAUCUGGAGCCUUACACCUCCUGUUCAGACAUUUCAGUCAACGCCAAGAAGUUCUUCAAGCUUUUAAACAGGUCCAGCUGCUGGUAUCUGACAGUGAUGUGGAGUCGUACAAGCAGAUCAAGGCAGACCUGGAUGUGCUGAGACAGUCCGUGGAGAAAAGUGAGCUGUGGGUGUACAAGUCGCGCAGUAGUGAAGACACAGGCAAGAAGAUAUCUAAGGAGGACGAUGAUGAUGGUGGUGGGGAGGUGAAAGCCACACCCAGUCUGGCACAGACUGGCAAACAAAAUUCUGCAGUUGACCUUGACGUCGGGCCACCCUUGCACAGUGACCAAGCUGAAGAGUAUAAGAAAAUACAGCAGAUCCUGAUCCGGAUGAACAAGCUGUGCGUGGUGGGAUCCAAACCACGCAAGCACGAGCAGCGCCUACUACGCAAUGUGGGGGUACAUACGGUGGUGCUGGACCUGCUGCAGGUGCCGUACGAUAUCAAGGAGGACGUCCGCAUGAACCGUCUCAUGGCCCUGGCUCAUGAAUUCUUGCAAAACUUCUGCCUCGGCAACCAACAGAACCAAGUGCUUCUUCACAAACAGCUCGACCUUUUCCUGAAUCCCGGUAUAAGAGAGGCACAAACUGUCUGCAGUAUUUUCCAAGACAAUUCUACCCUUUGCAAUGAAGUGAACGAGAAAGUCAUUCAGCAUUUCAUUCAUUGUAUCGAGACACAUGGACGCCACGUGCAGUACCUCAAAUUUUUCCAAACCAUAGUUAAAGCUGAAGGCCAGUUCAUCCGAAAGUGCCAGGACAUGGUCAUGCAGGAGCUAGUGAAUGCUGGUGAAGAUGUCUUGGUUUUCUACAAUGAUAAGUCCUCAUUCUCGCAUUUUGUGUCAAUGAUGAGAGCCGAACGACAUCGAAUGGACGAGAGUAGUGCUUUAAGGUACCACAUUGAACUGGUGAAACUGCUAGCCUGCUGUACCAUGGGUAAAAAUGUCUACACAGAGAUCAAAUGUCAUAGUCUCCUUCCAUUGGAUGACAUCGUGGUCAUGGUGUCCCACCCAGACUGUAUCCCGGAGGUAAAAGAGGCUUACACAAAUUUCCUAAACCACUGCUACAUUGACACAGAAGUUGAGAUGAAGGAGAUCUACACGUCUAACCAUAUGUGGAGUCUGUUCGAAAAGAGUUUUCUGGUGGACAUGGGAAUGGUGGCUAAUGUGACACAUGAUCGCCAACACGCUGACCUAGCCAUGGAGAGUUACGUCACCAACAGCGUCAUGGCCAUCAUCAAUACUUUCUUCAACAGUCCAUUCUCAGACCAGAGCACCACGGUGCAGACGCGUCAGCCCAUCUUCGUUCAACUUCUGCAAGCUGCUUUCAGGGUGUCUCAGUGCAGUUGGCUCAACGCUUCCCAACAGUUUAAUGUAGAAAACUGUAUCAGAACUCUGUCAGAAGUCGCUAAGAACCGCUCCAUAGCCAUCCCCUCGGACCUGGAGGGCCAGGUGGCGUCCAUGUUCAACAAGUCCUCCAAGUUGUCUCGCCAGACAAGCAAGUGGCUGCAGGCCGCCAAGGUUCCAAAAAUGGAGCGUUCGCAGUCGCAGCUGAUGCGCUUGGAUCGAAGCAUCAUCGAGGGCUUGCAGGACAUAGUCUUGCUGUUGGAGGAUCAGUUGAAGCCUCUAGUUCAGUCUGAACUAUCGUUGCUGGUGGACAUCCUCUACCGACCAGAACUGCUCUUCCCUCUUGGCACUGAGGCCCGUAAACGUUGUGAGAGUGGAGGCUUCAUUCGCAAGUUGAUAAAGCACACAGAGAAACUUUUAGAAGAGAAAGAAGAGAAGCUCUGUGUGAAAGUACUGAGAACCCUACGAGAGAUGAUGGCAAUAGAUCUAGAAUAUGGUGAAAAAGCAGAACCCAGCUCUCCCUCUGAGGAGACCAGCCCUCAGGAAGAGUCACAAAUCAUGACGGGUGAUGUGCUGAGGAACAGCCUGCUGACAAGAUACUUCGGCAAGUCAUUCAUUCAGAAACGUGACAAUGUAGAGUUGGGGGUUGCUAGCCAGCGGUCUCUUGUCACCCAUGGACCUGGAGCAAAGCUGCUCAGUCGGGCCGGUCGGUCCCUUCAUGAGGUCCAGAGCCACUUGGAUAGAGAGGGUGCCUCGGACCUGGUGGUGGAGCUGGUUAUUCGGUCCGUUCACUCUCCCUCCAUUUUUGUGGAGGCUGUGGAGCUGGGUAUCGCUCUUCUGGAGGGAGGGAACCCCAUCAUACAAAAGAGUAUGUUCAGCAAGUUGCUCGGGGGUGAUCUGAGCCAGGCUUUCUUUAAGGUGUUCUAUGACAAAAUGAGAGACGCACAACAAGAAAUCAAGUCCACAGUGACGGUCAACACAUCUGAUAUAGCAGCAAAAGCACAUGAAGAUAAGGAGUCAGGAAAAGAACUAGAUAAAAUGAACAAGAAGAAAGGCAAGUCAAAUGGUAUGGUUAUAACUGAUGAGAUGAGAGAAGAGCUGAACCAAGCUGCUGCUGCCACUUCUCAGGCAUACUCAACUGUUCGGAACAUAACACCAGGAGAGGAGUCAAACAACGUGGUGGUUGGUCCCGGGUCAGCAUUGGAGGACAUGUUGGCAGAGAAGCUGGAGAGACAUCGAGACCAUGAUGACCAGAACAAACUCUCACCCAAGGUCUUGGUGAUGCAACCCAUCCUUCGAUUCCUGCAACUGUUGUGUGAGAACCAUAACCAGAAUCUACAGAACACUUUGCGGAACCAAAACAAUAAAUCAAACUACAACCUGGUUUCUGAGACUCUGAUGCUCCUGGACUGUAUCUGUGGCUCAACAACGGGUGGACUGGGGUUGUUAGGCCUCUACAUCAAUGAGUACAACGUCUCACUCAUCAACCAGACUCUGGAGACCCUCACCGAGUAUUGCCAGGGGCCCUGCCACGAUAACCAGAACUGUAUCGCAACACAUGAAUCAAACGGGUUGGAUAUAAUAACUGCCCUGAUCCUCAACGACAUCAACCCUCUGGGUAAGAGCCGCAUGGACUUGGUGCUGGAGCUCAAAAACAAUGCCAGCAAGCUGCUACUGGCCAUCAUGGAGAGUCGAGGAGACAGUGAGAAUGCCGAGCGGAUUCUCUACAAUAUGAACCCAAAACAGCUGGUGGAUGUGGCUUGCCGAGCCUUCCAUCAGGAGCCUUUGGACGAUGGCGUCGACACUGAUGAUUCAUCCACUGAAGGUGAAGACGGUGUUUCCCCAAAGGAGGUGGGUCACAACAUCUACAUCCUGUGCCACCAGCUGGCACAACACAACAAGGAGCUAGCUGCUCUCCUCAAGCCCUCUGAGAUCAACGUAGACCCUAAGAUGAACCAAGCUCUGGAUUACUAUGCCUCUCACACAGCACAGAUAGAAAUUGUGAGACAUGAUCGUACUUUGGAGCAAAUAGUUUUCCCCAUCCCAGAAAUCUGUGAGUACCUGACACACGACACGAAGGUGAAGAUAUUCCACACAGCGGAACGUGAUGACCAGGGUUCCAAGGUGUCUGAUUUUUUUGAGAGAACGGAAGACAUGUUCAACGAGAUGAGGUGGCAGAAGAAGUUGAGAGGACAGCCAGCUCUCUUCUGGGUGAGCAGUUACAUGUCCAUGUGGAGCAACGUACUCUUCAACUGUGCAGUUCUCAUUAACCUUAUAGUAGCAUUCUUCUACCCUUUUGUCGACCAAGUGCCAAAGUUGGGACCCCACCUCUCCGGCCUGAUCUGGGCUGUAAUGUUGGUGUCGGCAGCCAUUGUAAUCACUCUUCCCAGAGAAUCGGGUAUCCGCACCUUGGUAGCUUCCACCAUACUGCGCAUGAUCUUUUCUGCAGGCCCAGAACCAACUCUCUGGCUGCUGGGAACAUUAACGGUACUUCUGAAAGGAAUUCAUUUAAUCAGCAUCAUGGGAAAUCAGGGAACCUUUACUAAGAAAAUCAGCCAAAUAAUGACAGAUGCGGAGAUACUGUACCAUCUGCUGUACGUCAUGUUCUGUGUGCUGGGACUAUGCAUGCAUCCCUUCUUCUAUUGUGUGUUGUUGUUGGAUGUUGUGUACCGAGAGGAAACCCUGUUGAACGUGAUUCGGUCUGUGACUCGCAACGGUCGCUCCAUCAUCUUGACUGCAGUUCUAGCCCUCAUCCUUGUCUACAUGUUCUCAAUCAUAGGGUAUAUGUUUUUCAAGGAUGACUUCCUGGUGGAUGUCGACGAAGAAGUCGUGCGUGUGGUCCCACCGACUGUUCAAGAACAGAAUGACACCGCAGUCAAUGGGACUUGCGCCACAGACAAGACCUGUGAAUACGACGUACAGGCUUCAGCGGUUAAAUAUUCACAAGAACUAAACCAGCCGCCCGUGAUGGUGAGUGUGGAUGGAGAUCUGAAGGAGAGGGCCUGUGAUUCUCUAGUCAUGUGUAUUGUCACUACCCUCAACCAGGGACUGCGCAAUGGAGGGGGUAUCGGAGAUAUACUCAGGGCCCCCAGCAGUCAGGAGCCCUUGUUUGUGGCCAGGGUGGUGUACGACCUACUCUUCUUCUUUAUUGUCAUCAUUAUAGUUCUCAACCUUAUUUUUGGUGUUAUCAUCGACACUUUCGCCGAUUUGAGAAGUGAAAAGCAGCAUAAAGAGCUCAUUCUUAAAAACACAUGUUUUGUUUGUGGACUAAACAGAUCUGCAUUUGACAACAAGACUGUCAGCUUCGAGGAACAUAUCAAGUGUGAGCACAAUAUGUGGCACUACCUAUACUUCAUUGUUCUGGUCAAGGUGAAGGACCCCACGGAGUUCACGGGGCCGGAGAGUUACGUCUACGCCAUGGUCAAGGAUCGUAACUUGGACUGGUUCCCCAGACUGCGAGCCAUGUCACUAGCAGCAGAUGAGGGAGAGGGGGAACAGAUAGAACUCCGUAGCUUGCAAGCUCAGUUGGAGAGUACUCAACUUCUGGUCACCACUUUGUCUCAACAACUCUCUGAACUGAAAGAUCAGAUGACUGAGCAAAGGAAGCAGAAGCAACGAAUUGGCCUCCUGAACUCCACUUCUGCUUACUUGCACAACCUCUGACUGACUGACUCCAACAACUAGAACUAAACUAGUACAGCGAACCCCAUCUAAUUUUAGUCUUGUUUUUAUCUUGUUGUCUGUGUAAUAAUGUAAACUAUAGAUCUUUACAAUAUAGGCUGUAUGUACAUUCAGUAUUUGAUAAGCAAAUCUACUGUAAAUAUCGUGUCAUAGUUUUACGAUAAUUUUUAAAGUUUUUAUUUUCUUCAGAUUUAUACUUUUCUAGGGAAUUUAGUUGUUAGGCAUCACAUCGAAUUGCACUGUUGACAUGUACGAUGGGAUUUAAAUGUUAUGUAGAUAACAAAUGUAUUUCCUCACAUUUCUGUUAACAUUAGUGAGGUUUUAUUGUGUCUUGUUACAAUAAUGGGAAUUUAAUCUUGUGAUAUAAGAAGUAUAAUUAAUGUUGUUGAUCUUUUUUAUAAAGUAUAUUUUUAACUUUAGAUGUUAAAUCAAAUUACAAGAACAGAGCGUUCAACAUAAAACUGCAUUA